CAUAAAUCAUUAUUCGAAAGGUAUUUGGGAUUACAUCUCUUAUACUGUACACUGAAGAGACUACCAAUGGGCAGUAUAAACUAUAACAGCCAGCUACAACAAACGAUGCAGUUCACUCAAUCAAAAGCCUGCUUGGAUGUAAAAUAGCAGGACACUGUAUUCAGUUUUGAACAAAAUACUCAAUCGGAGGGGCGCCAGCCGAUAAAUCGGAGCAUAUGUGACUGACAUUACCUCCAAAUAUACAGAAAAUAGUAUAUUCUAAAAUCGUUACUCUCAAACGAAUAUAAAUAACAGGUAUAUAUAUACAAAGGGAAAGAUCGCAAUGCAAAAAAGGCUUAAGCGAUGUUUGGUCCUCGCAGGGUUCCUGCUGGGCAUUUACAUCCUGCAGACAGUAUUUGUACUAACAGUUACCAAUGAUGAACAACCAAAUAUCGCCAGCAAUGAUUCUAUUAUCCUACCUCGAGAACUAAACCCAUCAACUGCAAACAUUCGUAUGGCGAUUCACAAAUACAACGAUACAAAUAGCAUUGAGCCAUUGAGUAUUGUCACUCCAAGUAGACAUGUUAAAGUACGUUAUAAUUUCAACAAGGGUUGGCAAAUCCAAACCGAUUAUUUUGAGAUUUACCUGUACAGGGCAUACUACGAUAAUCGUGAAACAUUAGACACUAACCCAGCUGUGAGGGUGAUAGGCGUUUCAGAAUUCAUGGAAAAUAGAACGCUGCAUUGUUUAUUAUGGUUCAAGGGACAAAGACGCCCUACAAGAACCAAUGUAAUAUUAGGGCAUAUAGGAGAAGGAGUCCCGAGACAUGGAAAAAUGUUUAGAGAAUACAUAUACUCAUGUAUCUUACCAACAACUAUUGAUAAUACCUAUAUAUCCCCAGAAUAUGUCUCCAUUAUAACAUCAGAGUUUAGCACGCCAACCAAUCUGUUGGAAGUCAAAAUACCAGAGAUUCCGAAAAAGAAAAUAGACUUCGGUAUGUGUGUAUCAAUAACAUAUUGGAACCAAGACCCUUAUAAACUUAUAGAAUGGCUGGAACUUUUAAAAUUGUGGGGCGUUGGUGAAGUUAGCGUUUACAAUAACAGCCUUGUUGCAGCGAGUGAUGCCGUCUUCCGCUAUUACAGUGAGAAUGGGUUCGUUGACUACAGAAGUGGAGAAUUACUAAUGGAAGAUCAGGGUGAAUAUACUCUCUUACUGAUGAUGACACCUGUCCUCAAUGACUGUAUGUACAGGAACAUGUUCCGUUAUCGCAAACUUGUUAUCACCGACUUCGAUGAACUUAUCGUACCACGUCUUCCAUCUAUGAACAACUACCACGAUCUUUUACGUGAAAUAGACCGCGAACAACCAAGAGACUUUGAUUACAAGAUGUAUUGGUUUAGAAACGUAUACUUCUUUCUUGAUCUUCAUCCUAAUGUUAAUAGACCAAAAUACCUCAUUACUCCCCGGUAUCUUACCAGAAUUACCAAUAGUGAGUAUGGAUAUUCUAUCAAAUCUAUCAAUGAUCCGAUGAUUUGCAUCCGUGUCCAUAACCACUACUGUUGGGAGGUUAUAUCAAAGUAUGACAAUGGACCAUGGACAGUGGACGUUGAUACGACACUAGGUAUGAAUCAGCAUUACAAACGUUGUCAUUUUGAUGAUUAUCUUCAAGAACCAGGCUCGUGCAAGAAAAUGAUGCAGGUUACAUAUUUUGAUGAUACCAUGCUGAGAUUUAGGGACCCCAUUGAUUCAAUUGUGAGACAGACGAUUGCAAAACUGAAUAUGACACUGAUGUAACAAAUUAAGAAUCUCUGGUAUUAAGCGCACACGACCCAAGGAAAAUUGAUGGCAAAAAGUAAUCGAAUCCUCAUUAUAUGCUCAGAAAAUGGUAACUUAGUUUAAUACCUGCAAACUUAAUCUAUCAAGAUAAGAACCAUCAUUUUCAAUUACCAAUUAUGAAACCUGGCGCAAGAUCCAAACAAUCCCAUUCCCAAGUACUUAAACAAUAUAGAAAAUUGUAAGUUUAGUUCAUAUAGUUUAUUUAAGUGUCACAUGUUCAUACAUACAAUAAAAUACAAUACUAAAAUACAUUAAUAAAAACCUCUGGCCGAUGCCGGCUUAUGAGACACUUACAUAUGAAUAAAUAAAUAGCAUCAAUAUUAUUACAAUGUUAUUACAAACGUUCCCGAUUAAAUGCCCUCUUUUGAAAUAUUUUUUAUAAAGAAGAA